CUCCGGGUUUGAAACCUUGGAUACGGUCCAAUGAGAUUAGGAUCCCCACCUCAUAGCACGGGGGAAUCUCAGCCACUUUCACGGUUGAGUAAUCCAAGUUCCGAGGUCAAAAGACUCCGCAGACUUUGGCGUCAUAUCACAGUUUGACACGGCCAUGGGCGCUCUCCGCUCCGUGCUACGAACCCAAUCAACGGCGGCCACGUACGCUUGCUUCACGGUUGCAAAAAUAUCAAAAACUGACGCCACGAUUCAAAGCGGCGCCGACGAUUCCUCUCUCUUCAUAAAUUUGAUUUUGACCCUAUAAACUCUGUCCCUCUCUCUCUCAUUUUCUUGUCUUUGUUUAUACUCAAUCGUUCUCUCCAGGCUUUAGCUUUUCAGCUCAACUGUAUCUAUCUGGGCUCUGGGCUCCCUCCAAGCUAGCUUAAGGCUGCUAGCUAUGGUGGAUGAAACUGGUAAUGAGUCAUCAGAUGAAGCCCUGAACGCUGUGCCCCUCGGAAGACUAGCUGUACUCUACUAUGGUGUAGGUCAUAUGCUGAAUGAUAUUACAUCAGCUUGUUGGUUCACGUAUUUGCUGGUGUUCUUGACAGACAUAGGGUUAAGUCCAAGGGAUGCUUCAAUUGUGAUGCUUUCUGGUCAAGUCGCUGAUGCAUUUACAACAGUAUUUGCUGGAGAGCUGAUUGACCGCUUUGGACAUUUUAAACUAUGGCAUGCUGGAGGAUCCAUUUUGGUUGCAAUCUCAUUUUCUUCGGUUUUUGGUGGCUGCCUACCAUGUAAAAUAUAUGGAAUUAGUUCUUCAUUAUUGCAAACUAUUGGAUACAGCAUCUUUGCUUCUAUUUUUAACAUUGGCUGGGCUGCUACCCAAGUUUCACAUAUGUCGAUGGUGAAUUGCAUCACACCGAACCCAACUAGUAGAGUUGCACUUGCUAGCUGCCGAAAUGCCUUCACUAUGGUAGCAAAUCUUAGCCUUUAUGCAGUGGCAUUGGUUGUUUUCAGUAUUUAUGGUGCGAAAGCAUCUGCCGAUAUUAAAACUCAGUACCGCUGGAUUGCAUACUUCUGCAUUUUCGUGGGGUGUUGUUUUGUGGGCAUAUUUCUGAUUGGAACCAACGAGCCAGACUUGAAACUACAAAUGAAGUUGGAAAGGCCGACUAAGAUAGCAUGGUCGCACUGGUUCAGAAAGAUUUUGUACUAUCAAGUUGCUGUUGUAUACAUGCUUAUUCGAUUAGUAACAAAUGUUUCACAGGCACUUCUUGCAUUCUAUGUUAUUGAUGAUCUGCAAAUGAGUCACUCCUCCAAGGCAGUGGUACCUGGCAUUAUCUAUAUAUGCAGCUUCAUUACAUCUGUAAUUUUGCAGGAGAUGAGAUGGAGUGGUUGGCGCCUUAAAAUCUUCUUUACAGCUGGAGCCAUUGUGUGGAUAUUUUGUGGCGUGGGAGUCUUUAUUCUUCCAAGCAACAUGCACAACCUUAUGUACAUUCUAUCAGUAGCAAUUGGCAUUGCCAAUGCUUUAAUGAUGGUGACUGGAAUUAGCAUGCAAAGUAUUUUGGUUGGUCAAGAUUUGAACGGCUGUGCAUUUGUUUAUGGGUCAUUGAGUUUCCUGGACAAAUUAUCAUGUGGGAUUGCUUUGUACGUUCUGGAAUCGUAUCAAGAUCCUGAUCGUAGCACUGGCCCUCUUAGCAUGAGACACGGCUUUUCUGUGAACAGAUACGGUUUGGGGCUCGUUCCAGCAUCCUGUGCGCUUCUCUCAGCACUUGUUACAUAUUCGAUGGACCUCUCCAGCGGUCGUUCAAGGCCGUUAAUCGAGCCUCUACUAGUGUGAUAUUGUGCAACGCUGGGGGAAGUUUUUUUUUUGGGUAAGAAUGCACCCUUGACAAGGAAUCGUUGAGUAUUUGAUUAUUUGCAAGUUUACGCAUAGAUGGCUCCUAAUGUCAAAUGUGAUAUUCUAUGAAAAACCUCAUGUUAUGCCUAAUCUCUAAGUUCAAAUGAUUGAAAUCUAAAUUGCUACACUUGUCUCAGUAACGUACAGAAGUUAGCAGAUUAUAUGGAGUUUUGUUGUU